UCGCUCUCGCCUAGAAGUUCCAAAUCCCACAUUUUCCCACACAUCCAUAACAAAAUUAAGAAAGUCCCACGUUUUCUACCCAUUUUCUCUCAUUUUCCCACUAACCAAACAGCGUAUAUUAUCUUGUCAGUCAUUGUGCAGAGCCUAAACCACCCAUUUCACUUCAAAUCCUCAAAAACCCAGAAAAACCCAGAUGCCAAAAACUGAAAAAGUUCAAAAAUUCCCCACCCUCCAAACAGAAAGAGAGAAAUCCCGACGUUUUCCUACCCAUUUUCUCUCAUUUUCCUCUAACCAAACACACCCUGUUAUCUUCCCAGACAACAUGCAAGGCCUAAACCACCGAUUCCACUACAAAUACUCAAAAACACAGCAAACCCCCGAAACCAAAAACUAAAAAAAUCCAAAAUUUCCCACACUUUCCCUCUCAUUUUCCCACACUUCCCCACUAACCAAACAUGCAUUGUUUCCCUCUCUCCAUUCUCCUCGUCCUCCUUCUCCUCCCCCUCUCUCUUUCCUCGCUCACCGAGCUCCCUGCUCUCAUGGCAAUGAAGGCUUCGUUGGACCCACAAAACCAGUUCUUGACGUCAUGGACGGAUCACGCCGACCCUUGCGGCGGCGCUUUCGAAGGGGUGGCUUGCAACGAGCAGGGCCGUGUGACCAACAUCUCUCUGCAGGGGAAGGGCCUGUGGGGCCAGAUUCCCCCGGCCGUUGGCGGCCUCAAGAGCCUCACUGGCCUCUAUCUUCACUUCAAUGCCUUGAGUGGGAAAAUCCCGAAGCAGAUUGCUGGUUUAAACCAGCUCACUGAUUUGUACCUCAACGUGAACAAUCUUUCUGGUGCAAUUCCUCGUGAGAUUGGUAAAAUGCCCAAUUUGCAAGUUUUGCAGUUGUGUUACAACAAGUUGACUGGGGGGAUACCUACACAAUUAGGGCAGCUUAAAAGGCUUAGUGUUCUUGCUGUGCAAUCCAAUCAGUUAACUGGGGCAAUUCCUGCAAGUUUGGGCGAGUUGGGGACGCUAACAAGGUUAGACUUGAGCUUUAAUAGCUUUUUUGGUCCUAUUCCAGCAAGAUUAGCCAAUGCUCCGAUGCUACAAGUCCUUGACGUUCGAAGCAACAUUCUCUCAGGAAAUGUACCUCCAGCUCUAAAGAGACUUAAUGAAGGAUUCCUAUACAAAAACAACCCGAGCUUAUGUGGGGUUGGGUUUUCUGGCUUAGAAUUGUGCACAGCUACUAAUACUCGGAACCCAAACAUGCCACAACCAUUUGAACCUAGUAACCUUUCGGCAAAAGAUCCAGACUCAUCUACUGCAAAAGAAAUCCCCAAGUCUGCAAAUAUCCAUUCCAAUUGUAGCAGAACCCGCUGUUCAGAGGCAUCAAAAUCCCCACAAAUUGGUAUAGUUUUUGGGGUGAUUGGAGUUAUUGUUGCAUUAACUGUAUCUGGGCUCUUCUUGUUCUUCUGGUGUCGUCGACGAAAGCAGAAGAUUGGGAGUACUUUUGACUCUUCCGAUAGCAGGCUUAGUACCGACCAGGCAAAGGAAGUUUAUAAGAAGAGUGUGUCUCCUCUUAUCAAUCUGGAGUAUUCUAAUGGGUGGGAUCCGUUGGCUAAAGGUAGCAGUGGGUACUCUCAAGAAGUUCUUGAGAGUUUUAUGAUUAAUUUAGAAGAAGUGGAGCGUGCAACUCAAAGCUUUUCUGAAGUCAAUCUGUUGCGGAAGAGCAAUUUUUAUGCCAUCUACAAGGGUAUCCUAAGAGACGGCUCAGUUGUUGCUAUAAACUGCAUUAGCAAGACUAGUUGUAAGCCCGACGAAGCUGAGUUUUUGAAGGGAAUGAAGAUAUUGACAUCAUUAAAACAUGAGAAUCUUGUUAGGUUGAGAGGCUUUUGCUGCUCAAAAGGCAGGGGAGAGUGGUUUCUUAUCUAUGACUUUAUCCCAAAUGAUAGUCUGUUACAGUAUCUUGACAUUAAGGAUGGGAGUGGGGAGGUUCUUGAAUGGUCAACCAGAGUAUCUAUAAUCUAUGGGAUCGCUAAAGGUGUUGGAUAUUUGCAUGGAAACGUGGGCAAUAAACCUGCUAUUGUUCACCAGACUAUAUCAGCUGAGAAGGUGCUUAUUGACUCCCACUACAACCCCUUACUCUCAGAUUCGGGCUUGCACAAACUCCUCGCAGAUGAUAUCGUCUUCUCCAUGCUCAAAGCAAGUGCUGCCAUGGGGUACCUGGCUCCCGAGUACACAACCACUGGACGCUUCACUGCAAACAGUGACAUUUAUGCGUUUGGUAUGAUUGUAUUUCAAAUCCUUUCUGGAAAACGUAAAAUCACCCAGGUGGCUCGCCAAGGUGCUGAGGCCGGCAGAUUUGAAGAUUUUAUGGAUGCAAACCUUGACGGAAACUUUUCAGAAUCAGAGGCAAGUAAACUUGGCAGACUUGCUCUUCUUUGCACGCACGAGUCUCCCAUUUACAGGCCAUCAAUGGAUAAUGUGGUGAAAGAGCUAAGCGAGUUUAUUUGCGCGUGAUUCAUACGGAGUUGCCACAAUUUUCAAAUGCUAGAGAGGUUAGAUGAGUCAAUUAAGUUAUUAACUGCUAACUGGAACUGGAGUUGUGUUCUUCUUACCAUCAAUUCAGAUUCUUGACUGAAGUUGUCGUGAACGGCAUGUACGUAUUAUAUGUACUGGUUGUGUUGUAAUGUGUGACAGAUGGUCAUAAGUGUUUUUGAUGGGAGGAUGCAUCAUUUGAUCAGCUGCCUUUGUUGAACUGAAGCCUUGCAAGGAGGCAUGUUGCUUGAAUUAGGAAAUUAAGGUUAUUUGUAAUUUUCAUGUGUAGCAUUUGGAAGAUGUUGUGUUGCAAUGUCAUUAGCUUGAACUUGUCAAAACUAAUUUCUGUAAACCCCUUAAAUAAACAUGUUGCUCAGAUGUUAGUUAUGCCA